AUGGAAUUUCAUUCAAAAGAAAGACUGAUUAGACCCUGGCUGUCUGGAUUCUUGGUAACUGAACUUAAAACUCUCCAUCAGCAACUUUCUACUUGUGCUGCUGCAUCCCAAUCACAUAGACUGGAUUCUGCACUUGGAAAUAAUCAUCAUCACAAUGCAUCAAUCCAGUCAAGACUGGAUACUUUACAUACAUUAUCCGAGUGGUCAGACUGCAAAAACAAUGUUCAGAUUGUGAAUAAUAAUUCAAAUGCUGCACAUUGUUUGGAAAUAGCCGAUCAAGGUGUUACGAUUCAAGCGAGUUUAUCAGAAAACUUGAUUGCCAGAUAUCAGGACACAUAUGGACCAGAGUUUUUACUUCAAUUUAGAGGAGGUUUAUCGACGCUACGUCGAUAUAAACUACAGUUUACUAUGAAACAUCUACAUAUUAUUCCAUCCAUCUAUAUCGAUGAUUGGAUUAUAAUAGGCUCAGAAGGAUCUCCACCCAUGUUUACAAACACAAUCUCUCCUUCCAAUCAUCCAGAUAUCAAGAUCUUGCUUAAUGUAUUAUCUCAACUUAUCACCGAGUCGUCUUCAACUCGGCUUUCCACCAAACUCUGCAAGAGUGCAUCUACUCCAUUGGUCACUGUAAGCGAAAAAUCUGUGUCUUGUUUGGAUUCGUCUAGAAAAUCGUCUUCUCAAUCAGAGUCUAUUAAAAGCAGUGGAUCGAACGUGCCUAUGCAGCCAAAGCAGACACAGUCCAAGCUGUUGCCUGUUGUUGCGGCUUUUAAAUCUUUAAAAGAAAUAGCAAAUGAUCCAGAAUCUGUGGAUCUUUGUAAGCAUCCACAGCAACAUGCACAAGGUUUGAUAAAUACAACAUCGCUUCCAGUAACCAGCAUUCCGCAGUUGUUUGAACUGUCUGAUCAAGAUAUUGGCAUUUCAUCGGAUCAAGGGCUUCUUAUAGAUGCCAUUGAACCAAAAAACUACCCAAUGCCAGUAUCUGAACAAACUCUGUUGCUUGCAUUGAGUGGAGCAAACAUAAAAGCCGAUUCGACCGUUUCCGCGUUAAACAUGCUAUGUUUUAUAGCUGAAGAAUGCCAAAAUGAUACUGGAUUUACUAAAUCGCAGUUACUCUCUCACCACACAUCUGCACAGCCGAUCGGACCAUCAAAUCAUCAUCAGAACUGCUUUCAAUCACAAAGUGCAUUACAGUCUCCAGACAUAAUGUCAAGUGAUGGCCCUAAUAGCGUGAACAAUGUCAAGUCUGCAUUACACACUCGACCACUCACUUCAUCUAUCCAAUUACAUAAAGGUAUUCAACCGCCAUGUGUUGACCAUGCAGUCGCAUCUACUUCUACAGUCGAAUGUCAUGAUUACGAAUCUGAUACGACUAAAAGUCGUCCUGACACCAAAUCAACACCAUUAGUUUCUUUUAAUCGACUUGUGGAUAGUGUUUCAAUUGACGAAAAUGACGAUUUAGGAUUUGAGAUUACUGAUCUUCCAAUGGAGUUAUACAGCGGUUCUGAUGGAUCUAGCAUUGGUGUUUCUGCAGAACCCUUGUCCCAGAAUACUGUAAAACCAUCUUUGAUCAAGAAUCAAUUCCCUGAUCGCCAUAUACUUGAUCCUACUUCUAGUCUGACUGGCACACCUGUAACAUCGCUUAAAGUUGAAACCGAUUUGGCCGCGACUACUGUCAGUGAUAGCGAAAAGGAGUUGGCAUCUAGGAACGUAAAUGAGCUGUCCUUGGAGACCUCCGAGGACAAAUCAUUUGAUCAUGACCAAGAUAUUACAAUGACUGAUUCUCUGUUGGACAAGCAUAUAGACACAUCUGUAGUGACUGACAAGGCGUUGCUGAUUAACAACAAAAUGCAAAACACACUGCGAUCUCUGGAUGAGGAUAAGGGAUCUGUAUCCAACUCCGUGUCAACUACCACAUCCAUGCUUAAAAAUGGAGUUGAUAUUUUAUCAAACAAAACUCAUGUAUCAUCUUGUGCAUCAUACAUUAGUUUGAGCCAGCCCAUGCCAUCAGCAGUAAAAUUAUGCUCAACACCAAAAAUGUCAAGCAGUCAAGACAAUACUCUACUCAAUCCUGCAUUUUCUGUUCAGAUGCUAAAGGACACGUCAAAUCUAAAGCCUAUAAAAAGGUCUACAUCAUUGCCCAUGCACACACACCUCAUAGUCGAAAAGAUUCAAACUAUGCCUUUAACAACAUUUCAAACCUCUCAAUCUGGCACCGUUGCACUUGUAUCUGAAACCCAAGCAUGCUCUGAAGCAAUUUCUGUUGCUAAAAGCCCUAGCACUGUAGUUGAUGAAACUGCGCAAAGUAAAUAUGCAUUGAAUAUGUUGUCAAUGGAUGUCGAAAAUUUGGCCGAGAUUCGUCAUGUUUCAAAUGAUUUUCAAACUCCAACGUCUAUAACCGAUACAAUCAAAACUGGCAUUGCCCAAAACUUUAAAACAAUCGAGGCAGGAUUGUCAGAAAGUACCUCACUGCAGCCAGAUACCUGCAAGCUGCCAUCAUCCCCCAUACAAUCAAGUAUAAUCCAGCCAGAAAGCAAACUAUCUUAUUUAACUGAUUCUAUGGAUUGCAUGAGUUCUUUGAUUAGCACCGAAACAGUCGGAAAUAUGGCAUCCAACACUGCUUGCGUGCAUCUACCAACGAGUUUAACAAAUGAUUUGCACGAUUCGUUCAAUACUCAAAAUAGCCACAUUUCACCAAAUCGUGUUGUUUCACCAAACAAGCAUGGUGACACUAUGUAUCGUGACGGUAACCACGGUUUCUUUGAUGUAAAUGAUAUUUCCAAUGUCAUGGGUGAUGAUGAUGACGACUAUAUAUUUCAUUCGCCUGGAAUGAAAGAGCCUCAAAAGCACCAUCCUGAUAGUUUAGCCUGCAGUAAGACGGAUCAUGCUGAUGAUUAUAAUGUCGAAGAUGGCGUUGUCGUAACGGAUUAUGAUUUAUGCAGCAUCAGACUAGAUAGUCCAGCAACGAAAGAGUUUUCUGAUACAGUCAAAGUCACAAUCGAUAGACAUAGUAAUAGUGAUGAUGAGAGAUCGAUCGUCGACUAUUCGGAAUCCAACAAAAUUUCGGAAAAAUAUGACAAUGAGCCGCUGACUAUUAAUGCCAUGAUGUCUACUAUAAGUGAUGAUUCUAGUAGUUCUACUUCUCGUGAAAGCUACUCUGACAAAAAUGACAAAAAAUCAUGUGUUGAUGAUAUUUCCAACUCUUGGAACUCUCCACUAUCACCGGAUCUUGCUCAAUCUCAAUCUUCUAGGAAAUCCACCGAGUCGAGCCACAAUGCUACAGCAGUUUACACACCUUCCAGUGAUGUUUGCUCCAUUGAAGCAGAGUUAUUAUCACAGUCUUUGGACAGCAACGAAUUAGUUGACUCGGACAAUGAAGAAAUGAGUGAAAAAGAUGCUUUUGAAUCGGACAAAUUAGCCCGAGCAGCAAUGCAAGAUAUCACUCCUUUGAUUUCGAAAACUGCGUGUUCUGUCAAGGUAAAUCAAGUUUCUGACAAGCGUGUGCCUUUGAAAAGUAUGCGUGGUACUCUCAAUACAAUAAGACGGCAUUCUGCAGGUGCAUCUGGGCCAAUGCUGACACAGUAUGUGAAACCGAUUGAUUGUCACAAACUGAUACCUGCAAGUGGAAUACCUAAACCUAAAGUUCCUUUACCCAAAGUACUUGCCAAUCACCCAGUGCUGGGAUCAAAUUCGAAUUUGGAAAAAUUGCGUCAACAGCUUCGAUCUUCUAAAGGUCCUUCUAUCCGUGAUCGAUUAAUUACGAGUUACUCGAAAGCCGCAUCUUCCUCACCUUCAUCUGUUACUGGUGCAUCAUUAAUCAAGAAUAUUGCGUUUACAACUCAAAUUGAUGGUCAAAACAAUACUCGACGCAUCCAAAAAAUAGCUGACGCAGUGGUUGCACCCGCUGCAGAAUCUGCGCAAAAUGUAGCCUCGUCCUUGACUCAUGCAUCGACUGUGAAAUCUAUCAAAUCGGCAACUACUUUAAGGAGAUCUGUAGCUAAACGUUCAACCAAAAAUUUCAAGACCACAUCGCUUAUGCAUGACUCGAGUCCAUCUCAAUCUCCUUUUGCUGGACCAUCUGCCUCUGGUUUCAAACGACGACUAUCUGAAAAUACGCCAACCAUCAACUCGUCACAAUCUAUUGCUUAUUCAAUGCGAUACUCGCAUUUACGACGACAGACUUCACCUAUAGCUGGAUCUGGAUCUGCACUUGGCACUACUCCAACUAGAAAUAUAAAGCAAACUGGUUUAUCAAGUAUGACUUGUAGCAUGAAAGAUAAGGAUCGAUCUACAAGACCCACAAAGACAUUAAAAACCUCACGUUCAGGUUGA